CCGCAUUGUGUGUAACGACAAUUUCAACACCGUACCUUCACAUGUAACAAGCGAGUCUUGAUUGCGGGCUGCUACGUCAUUACGGAUCUCGAACAUCAUUCGCGACCUCCAACAUCGUUCGCGACCUCCAACAUCGUUCGCGACCUCCAACACCAUUCGCGACCUCCAAACCUUACAACCACACAACAUGGCGUACUCGCCGCUCUUCUUCGUGCUUGCAGGCGCAUUCACUGCCUACCUCCUGUACACAAGACUUACACUCUGCUUUGCGCGACGACAAUUCAAGAAGGACAAUGGUUGCCAGCCAUGCACAAAGGUCUUCAACAAAGAUCCAAUCCUGGGCAUUGAUGUGAUACGCGUGAUGGGCGCCCACAGCAAGAAGCACAUCCUGCUCAAAGAGAACAAGAAAAGGUUCGAGCGCCUCGGCAACACCUUCCACACAAGGAUGGCCGUUCAGCCAGUAAUUGCCACUUGCGAACCUGAGAACAUAAAGACCAUCCUCAGCCUGAAGUUCAAGGACUAUAGCCUCGGCAACAGGGCGAAGGCAUGCAACCCGCUGUUGGGUCAUGGUAUCUUCAACGCUGAUGGUGAGCGCUGGGCCAACAGCCGUCAUCUACUGCGACCAAACUUCGCCCGUGAUCAGAUUGCUGAUCUAGGAGCGUUUGAGCGCCACUUCAAGCUCAUGCUCAAGCACAUUCCAAAGAAUGGCUCGACGGUUGACCUUCAGGAGCUCUUCUUCAUGCUCACGAUUGACACUGCUACUGAGUUCCUCUUCAACCACUCGACGAAUACACUUCGUAUGGUCGGGUACAAGGAUGAGUCCAACGAGGACGUCAUCUUCGGCAAGAUGUUCAACUAUGCUCAAUACGACAUUACGACCCGCCUGCGUCUCGGACCUCUCCAUCGCUUCACGAAGAAUGCUAAGGGCGAAGAGGCCAUACGCAUCUGUCACACGUACAUCGAGAAGUUCGUUGACGAAGCUAUUAGGUUCAAGCAGGAGCAGGAUGAGGAGAAGAAGACUGGGGAGGAGGAGGAUCGAUAUAUCUUCAUCCACAAGCUCGCCAACCAGACCAUAGACAGGAAGAGGCUAAGGGACGAGCUUGUCAACAUCCUGCUUGCCGGACGUGAUACCACGGCUAGCUUGCUGAGCAACAUGUUCUUCGAGAUCGCAAAGCGACCAGACAUCUACGCCAAGUUAAGGAACGAGACUGCCUUCUUGAAUGGACGCACGCCCACCUACGAAGAAUUGAAGACCCUCAAGUACCUCAAGUGGUGUAUGAACGAAUCUCUCCGCGUCCACCCCGUCGUCCCCGGCAACUCUCGCUUUGCCAUCCGGGACACUGUCCUCCCUCUUGGCGGCGGCUCAGACGGCCAGCACCCUCUCUUUAUACCCAAGGGUACUAUUGUUGGCUACUCACCCUACACUAUGCACCGCCGCAAGGAUCUCUACGGCCCCGACGCCGAUGAAUACAAGCCCGAGCGCUGGGAGUCCCUGCGACCUGGAUGGGAAUACCUGCCCUUCAACGGUGGGCCAAGGAUCUGUCUUGGACAGCAGUACGCUCUUACGGAGGCGGGCUAUGUGACAGUCAGGCUGGUGCAGGAGUUCGCGAAGAUGGAGAGCAGGGAUCCCGGACCAUGGGAGGAGGGUCUGACACUGACUUGCUGUUCGUUCAACGGCACGAAGGUCGGGCUUACGCCUGCAUAAACGCCUAAUACCCUGUGCCUCUCUUUAUCGAAUGUUUUCAGACUUCCUUCGUGUACCUUAGCGUUCGAGCGCCAUCGAUGAAGGCGAGACUGCUAGUUACGUCAUUCAUUUGAGUUGACAUCACGACUUUCAUCAAAC